AUGGCUAAGAAGAUUCGAGCUUUAUUGGAAAAGGAACCUGGCACUCCCUUAAAUGAGGCUUCCAUGAAUGAAGAGUCACAUCAUGAGGGAAUCGUUCAUUUGAAAAGCCGCUCAUUAUCUCGGUUUGAUUCUUUGGAGUCUGUCGAGAUCGGAAGUCAGGAUAUCAGUAUGACUGCUUUUUCGGGUGAAGGAUUCACUCAGCAUAUUCAAUCCACUGUUAGUCUUGAUUCGAGAUCCGUACAAGAGAGCAGAAUGGUGCAGCAAGAUACGAGUACCAGCGAUUAUCAAUUCUCUGAACUACCCAAACGACCGGUCUCACGAUAA